AAAAAAGAGACUGGAAUUAAAGGUUGUACCAUAAUCGAUCUUUAAUCGAUACCGUAUACCGGGUAAGCGGUAAAUUUGAAAACAACAUUCGCGUUUCGAAUUUGCUGCGACAGGUGGGUCGAGUUAAAAAUAUGAAUUCUAAAGUUUAUAGACCGAAAAAUAGUAAAUUUCACCGUCAAACACAGCGGAUCCUUGACAGACGACCGAAUGAAAUUGUUCCAGUUGGUGCUUGGGUUGAGCAUUGUCCACAAAAUGAUAAUGACGCAUUCCCAGCCGUGGUGUCAGCCCAAUAUGAGGAAGAACGUCUGCAUUUGCUACAAGCAGAGAAAGAAGCGAAGCUUGCAAAAUUCAGACAGGAAGUAAGGUCAAGGGUCAGGGAACUGCAACGGAUUAAGAAACAGAAACAACUCCAAGAGUCUUUUCAAGCGGUGAAUUUGCAAGGUCGAGUCGUCCACCGCACUACACCCUCGGCCAACAUUCUCUCUCAUCGCAAAGACACUUGUAUCUACCAGAAUAGCGAGCCCCAUGCCAUAGGUCGGGAUGCUCCCAAGCCGACCCCAGAGGCCUGGGGGAGUGAUGGACAAGGUGAUAGGGGACUGGCUGUUGGGCAGCAGGUCAGAGAACAGGCUGGAAUGACAAGGAGACUGGUGCAGAAGGCUAAGCGUGAUUUGGCUGCCAAACAGCUGGCAAUCAAGCCUAAGAUUGAUCAUCAUACUGUUCCAGGUGGUAUAUGGGAAACAUCCUAUUUGAAGGAAGCUGAUGGCAAUCCAACGGAUUCUACAUCUUGGGUCGCUGACCUUGAGACGACUGCAACCACUGAGAGCGAUAAAAGACUUGUCCAUGACGCCAUAGAAGAAGGACUCUAUGAUGAGAGCAGUGGGAGUGACCCACACCACCAGAUCAGAGAAGCAGGAGAGGUUGCAAAGUCCAAGCAUGUGACCUUUGCCCCCAGACUUCAGAGGUCACCUCAGCAAAGUUCAAGGGUCGAAGGUCAUUACCAUGGACACGGGGACCAAGAAGACAUGGGUGACCUUCAGGGUCUUCACCCUGAGACUGACUCGACAAACCUCAGAGUUGAUCCACAGGAAGAUAUACCUUACAGCCAUUACAAUGGUGGUGGAGAUGUCAAAGGUCAUGUCAUAAUGGCUGAUGGGGUCAAGGGUCAUGUGCCAGAGGUCAACCCAGGUGUGGUAGCUGAAGAGCUUAGAAGACAGCAUGGUAUGCAGUUCUCAAUGUACAGGAGACUCUACAUGGACAUAGAAAGAGAACAAGUCAGAGAGAACAUGAGAAAAAAAACACAUCACAAGAAGAUGCAGGAGUUGAAGAAAGCCAAGGAGCAGGAGAGACAUGAGGUAGAGCACCAAUCACAUCUGAUGAGUCACCCACCUGACAUCAUGAGAGAGACAGACUACGAUAGGAAACAGAGAGAAGCAGAAGAAACUGAAGAAAUUCACAGGAUACAGACUAGACUCAGACAAAAGAAUAAAGAAACAAAGAGGUUUAUCCAUGCACUGCGAGCAAUGAUGAAAGAGCGUAUCAAGUUAUUAGGCAUCACUCCUCCGCCCCUGUGUGCCUGCGGACCAUCUGUAUGGGAUGCCAAUCCAGAGACGUGUGCUAAUAACUGCAUCUUCUAUAAGAAUCCUAAAGCUUAUGCCAAGGCACUUGCUUCUGUCCUCACACUCAAUGAUACCGGAUGAAUACUGGGUACACCACUCACCAGAACAUGGAGCUCUCUUCAUACAAAGUCUGUAUAUGUAACUGUAACUGGCGUUGAUAGAAGGUUAUUCCAUGAUUUUUUUUAAAUCAAGAAUUAUAUUUUUCGACAUCAUAGAAUGAAAAAGUGAAAAUCAUGAAAGGUCACUCACCAAAGCAGCAUGGAGCUCUCAUUACUGAAGGUCGACGGCAAUCUGCUACCAUAUGUGACAGAAGAACAUUCGGUCAUUUGUUCAAGAAUCUUUUUUUUUUUUACCUUAUUCAAUAAAAGCGAGCUAAAGAAAAAAUAAUGAAAUGUCCUUCACCAAAACAACAUGAAGCUCUUGUUAUUGAAGAUCUGGGACUGUCUGACAAUGCAACUGCAGCUCUCUUCAAUUGAAGGUCAUUCCCUUAUGUUUGUUCAAGAAUCGUAUUUUUUGAUAGAUCCUUACAUGUACACUAUCAUAGUUUCUGUAAAGGGAUUAUUUCGCUUCUUGUGUUUUUUCCAAUUUAAGGACACAAGCUAGGUCAUUGCUUUCGCAUGCAGGUUUCUUAAUAAGAAAUGCACGUGCCAUGUUGUGUGCAUGGAAAGCGGAUUUGAAAACAAAAAUGAAUAAAAUAUAUAUAUUUUUUCAUUAAUUGUGUUGAAUUUGUAGACUUUAUGUAUGUUGUUUACUUAAAUUAUAGCAGUUUUAGGGCCAAUUAAAAGGCCUCAUUCAAAAGCUUGCCAGGGGGCCCCUUAUACCAUGCCAUUAUGUUGUAUGCUUUGCUCGCUAUGCAUGUUGCAUAAAGGAACCGUACAUAUUACUGAUAGCAAAUGUUGCACUUUCAACAAAACUGAUUUAGAACUCUUUCUCUAGCAAGUGUCUUUAGUAUAAAUGCAUUAUCUGUCAUAGCUUGGGCCCUCUAUCCCAAUAGGCAUAUCAAGAAUACAUUGGCAUAUAUUCCCAUACCCCCUAUUUUUAAUUUUAAAGAUGAAGUCCACCCCAGAAAAAUGUUGAUUUGAAUAAAUAGAGAAAAAUCAGACAAGCAUAAUGCUGAAAAUUUCAUCAAAAUUGGAUGUAAAAUAAGAAAGUUAUGACAUUUAAAACUUUCGCUUAUUUUUCAAAAAAAAUAGUAAAUGCACAAUUUAGUUACAUGCAAAUGUGAGAUUCGAUGAUGCCCCUCACUCACUAUUUCUUUUGUUUUUUAUUGUUUGAUUUAUACAUUAUUUCAAGACAUUAAGGACCAACUUGACUGAACCAUAUAAUGUUAAACAAUGGUAAUUCCACAUGUUCAGGCAAAAAUAAAACUUUUUUUCACAGGACAAUGAGGAGAAAAUUAGAAUAUUUCAUAUAAUGAAAUAGAAAAGAAAAAGUGAGUGAGUGAUGUCACCAGUUCCCUCAUUUGCAUACCGACGGGGAUGUGCAUAUAACUAUUAUGUGAAAUUAAGCAAGACUUAAAAACGUCAUAACUUUCUUAUUUUCCAUCAGAUUUUGAUGAAAUUUUCAGUGUUAUGCUUGUUGGAUUUUUCUCUUUUUAUUUGAAUCAACUUUUUUCGGGUGCACUUGUCCUUUAAUUUUUUGCUCUUUAGUGUUUGUUAGCAUACAGCAUAAUACAGUUAAAGGGGAAUCCAGCCUUGGCCAUAAAAUGUUGUGUUGGGAAGGAAAAAAAUAAAUUGAACAGAAUGGUGAAAGUUUGAAAGAAAUCGGACAAGCAAUAAGAAAGUUAUAGCUGCUUUAAAAUUGAGAUCAUUAAUAGUAUGUAGAUUUAAAAUUGGCAACUGGGUAAGUAAAUUAUGACAAGGGCAAGGACAACUUUCCCAUAGGCCAUGUACUUUAUUAUCAGGGAUUUGUGGUUUUCUCCUAAGUACCAAUUCCCCUGGGGCAGUAAUCUAAAUAUAACCCAGGUAGUAUAUUGUUUUAUAUCCUCAUGAAAGAAAAAUGUAAUUUGAAAUAAAACUUUUGGGAAAAAUGACAUUUUAGCCAUAAUAUGUAUUGGAGUACAUGGAAGAGUAGUCCUUGCCUUACAUCACUAUGACAUCCCAUAUGCGGCCAAUUUGAAGUCUCCAUGGGUAUAGUGAUUACCAAUAUUUACAACUUUUAAAAAUUCAUAACUUUCUUGUUGUUUGUCCAAUAUUGUUCAAACUUUCACCUAUCAACUUGUCUGAUUUUUCUUUUUCUUAUAAAAAUAAGUUUUUAUUUGGGUUGGAUUCCCCUUUAAGGCCAGUAGUUUACAUACACCCAGGAAAGUCAAAGAAGAGUUGACACUUGCCAAACGUCAUAAAUUUACUAUAUCUUAUAAAAAAUAUUUGUGCUAUCAUGACGAAUUUGAUAUCAAACAAAUGAGUAUAUCAUGCCCCUUCAUCACAUUGCUUUGUCAUCAGGAGCUGAAAAAUAUUUAGGUGUCAUUUUCCCCAAAAAAUCUUCAUAUUUUAGACAAAUUAAAAACUUGACAAAAUCAUUUCAUAUUUUUGCUAGUUCUCAACACAAACAUUUCAGAUUAGACUUUUUUUGUUCUGUGGUGACAUAUCAUGAUAGAAAAUGGAGUAUAAAUCAUAGAUUUGACAUUUAUAUAUUUCUAUGAAACGAUGUUCGAAAAUAUAAUAACAAACAAUAGAAUACUUUUUUGCACGAAUAUUACAUUUUUUUUCUUCAAAGAAAAUUCCACCUGAAAUGUACUUUAAUCCCAACGGCAUCCCAAUCAUGUUAAAGAGCUUAAUACACUAUAAUUUGAUACCAAAUUCGUCAUGGUAGUAUUUAUAUUUCUGAAGAUCUAGUACAUUUUACGAUGUUUGGCAAGCCAACAAAUUUCACUGAAUUCCAUGGGUGUAUGUAAACUUUUGGCCUCAAUCGUACAUACCUGUUUAAUAAAAAAAGUAUUGUGAUGUGGAGUGUGUCUGUUUUGUAACUGCCAAAAUUGGAAAUUUGUAAAAUAAAGCUACAAAAGCAACAUAAAAUCUAUAA